ACGAGGAGAGGGCGUGCGAGGGUGGGCGGUUCGCGGUGGUGGAGGUGGCGGGGAAGCCCUUCGACGAAGCCUCGAAGGAAGGGGCAGUCAAGCUCCUCAAGUACGUCGGGGGAACCAAUGACAAGGGGGUUGGAAUGGGCAUGACUGCUCCUGUCUCCAUCACUGCUUUUCCUGCGGAAGAUGGCUCCCUACAGCAGAAAGUGAAAGUCUCUCUGCGGAUUCCAAGCCAGUUUCAAGCCAACCCUCCUUGUCCUAGUGAUGAAAGCAUUAAGAUUGAAGAGAGACAGGGGAUGACCAUUUACUCCAUGCAGUUUGGUGGCUAUGCCAAAGAGGUGGAUUACGUGAACUAUGCUGCCAAGCUGAAGUCUGCUCUGGGGAGUGAAGCUGCAUACCACAAGGAUUUCUACUUCUGUAAUGGUUAUGACCCCCCUAUGAAGCCUUAUGGGAGACGCAAUGAGGUCUGGUUUGUGAAAGAGUGAGCAUCUGGCUCCCAGUGGUGCUGGCUUGCACUGAUAACCUCCCCAUGCUAUGUCCCUGUCCUCUUCAAAAUAAACUAACAAUUUGUCAGAGGCAGAAAACCAUCCUUUCCUUCCUCCACACCUAUUCCUUGGUCUUUACGGACCAACCAUUUUAGAAGAACACUGCAGAGCCCCCUGAUGAUCCUGGUCCUUUGUCCCAGACCAAGUCCUCAACCACACAGACUCUCAUGAUCUCUUGGUGGCUUGCUUUUAUCUCCCUCAUGCUCCCAGACUUCAAUGCUGAGACAGUCAAAAGUACUUAAUUAGCAAGACUGGUGCCUGACAGGAGUCACAUCCAAGUGCUGGCAGACUAUUAGUCUCACCUG